AUGCGUAACCUACGCACAACCUUUGAUCUGACCAAGUCUUUUCAUAUCGGCCGAUAUAAUCUAUCUAUCUAUCUAUCUAUCUAUCUAUCUAUCUAUCUAUGUUCACGUCUAUCUUAUCACACCGCAUAUGAGUCAGCGCACGUUCAGGGGAGGGGUGGGCUGGAAGGGUUCGGGGUAGCGGCUUGUAAUCCUCCCCCGAAUUUGACGUUCCAACGGAUAUGCGUGACUGCUGAAAAGCAGAAUUACAAAUCUGUUCAUGAUUUAUAUUUGGUUUUUGUUGCAGCCGAUCGACUGCCAUUAAAUCCCUCCCUCUCUCCCUCUCUCUCUCUCUCUCUCUCUCUCUCUCUUUCUGCACAUACCCGCAUUCACAUUUUCAGCCGGAUUCAUCCUUAUAUAUUUAAGAUUAUCGACUCUCGUUUGCGGGCGUAUAAACGCAUUCAUUCGAACGCUAUGGCACACAGACUAUGUCACAUGCGUAAUUAUUGA